AUGGUAAGAACUUGUGUAAGUUUUCGAGGCAUCUGGCUAUUUACAAAGUUUAUAUACUAUUCUUCAUAUAAGUCCCAAUUCUCUCCUCCAUAUAUCUAUGAUUCUAUUCUUCAUACAAUUCACCACCUCACUCGUUUAUCUAGGUCAGAGAUGUAUAACACCAAUACCUCCUGGCUUCGUCUGCCCCCUGAGAUACGGCACGAGGUGCUUCGUAUUCUGCCAGGUCUUGGAAGUGAUUGCAGCCUACUUGCCACCGUUUCGCUAGAGUGGCAGUCUGUCAUUGAGUCCCUCAAUUUUGCUAAGAUCAGCCUGACGCUACCACGCCUCUUUAACCCUGACACUAAAGCUAUUCUCUUCCGCAAGAGAAGUCUUAUCCGCUACAUAUGGUUUCGUGUGGAACUGCAACAGUGCAACUGUGGACUGUGUGCACCAGAAAACCGAGACGAUUGGGGGUUGAAAGAUGCUGAUAACAGAUUGAUCGUGGAGGCUUUUCAGAGUUUGUUCUUAACGCUUAGCACAUGGGAGCCUCGUGGUGAUUUGGUUCUCGACAUUAGCGUUUACUCGCCAAGCGAUAGACGCCACUGGUUUAAGUAUCUCAGCUUCCACCCAGAUACCCAACUUGGCGAUUGUUUAUCGCUACAGCGCAGCAGACAUGAGCAAGAGGUUCUUAUUGACGACCCAGCUCAUGGCUGGGCUGCCGGGCGGCAAAUAGUUGCUCCCAACUUAAACGCUAUCUAUAAGGUAUUUGACGAAAUCAUGGGCGAGGGACCAUUCGAGGCCGAGGAACUGGAGAUGCAGUGGUGGCAAACACUACCACUCGUCCCCGCCAUUACGGUUGUGCUCCUCCGUCAGCAAACUCGCCGGCGUUGGAAGCCCGUUGCCCUCGCGAACAUGCUCACACGCUUCCCUAAUCUGGCGGAGCUUUGCUACGAGCCAUGGAGAGAGUGGACUGAAAUAGUCCGACAAACCGAUAAACGCAACCAGACACUGAUUGAACUGCUUCCUGAGACUAAACUACUAAAGCUAACGAUUUUCGAAAAUUCCAACCAGACAUACGCGGAAAAACAUGUUGAGUGUCCCGCCAUCAGGGUGCCAACUCCUGCCGUGAGCCACGAACUUGCAAGAGCCAGUCUGCAGCUCGCGACGCUGUCAGGCUCAUUCAUGGUUGACGCUAGCUACUUCUUCCAGGCGUGCAAAGACUCGUGGGAGUGGGGAAAUCUCACGCGUUUAGCACUAACAUCGAGGGUACUCACCGACGGUGCGAAUGUUGCCGACGUCAACGAUAUGCUGCGAGACGCUGCGGCUGCUGCACUGAAGAUGCCAAAGCUUGAGACGCUGGAACUUUGGAACGGUAGAAAAGGCGUGGCAAUGCUUUUCCGUUACCAGAAGUCCCGAGAUAAGCAAUCUGCUAUCAUCACGGUACGGGGCACAUUCGAGCUUGCUCUGGAGUCUACAGUCACGCAAGCUUGGGACGCGGUCGCACUCCGGCAUCGCCACGGUAGCGUUUUCGUUCAAAGCUUCUUGAUAGAUCCAGGUAAUAUCCGAUGCCAUGGCGAUGCAAUAUGUCAGCUGCGACUCUCAACGGAAGUAAUCAGACCUGUCUCGCUACAACAGAUCCUCGAAGAGCAUGAACUUCGGAUGGGGCUGAAAAAAGGGACAAGUUCGUAA